UUUUUAACUCGCCCCUAUGUUUGACGAACGUGUUCUCCUUGGUUGCUGCGUGCUUAUUGUUGGUCUUUAUCCUCUUGCAGUUGUAGAGGCAGAUGUUAAGUUUACCAAGGAACCGUCAGAUCCAACCUACGUUAACAACGGGACCAAUGCUAAACUGGUUUGGGACUACAGUGACACCAACAAUGCAUUCAGAGGCAUUUUAUUUAAUGUCCUGGUAGAUGGUCAAAACGGUAAAGAAUAUAAACCAAUGCUUUACAAACAAAAUGGUAGCUUCAAGAUACAUCAAAACAUACCUCCACUUUACAAAGGAAGAGUGAGGCUUGAAGGAAAUGCUACCCUGGUCAUUGAGAAUGUAACUCCUAAAGACAACACCAAAUUUCAAUGUGAGCUAACUGGUAGUUCAACACAUAGAAGUGCAGUUACACUUAUCAUUGCAGAGGCACCUGUAAUAACCUUGUCAUCAAUCCAAAAAAGUUACCUCGAGGGAUCCUUCGUGACCAUUAGCUGCAUAGCAUCCGGGAAACCAGACCCGGAUGUAGCCUGGAUCAGAAGUGGUAAAGUUAAAACUUCAGGAAAGAAGGCCGCGGUUUUAAUCCUCAACAGAAUAAACAGAGCAGAAGAUGGACAGUACACUUGUAGAGCCAGAAAUUCAGUGAAAAGCUCCAACCGUCACAUAACAAUUGAGGUUAACUACAAACCUGAAGGUGUAACACUAACUACAAGUGCUGCUCACAAUAUCGUCACACAAGGAGAUAAUGUUACAUUAACAUGUCACGUCACGUCAGCUAAGCCACGAGUAUCAGGAUACAGAUUCUAUUUAAAUAACCUUCCCGUCAGUAACAGCAAUAACAGAGAACACACCAUCAACAAUGUACUACGAUCUCAGCAUUAUGGGGUAUACAAAUGUGUGCCGUAUAAUGAUUUUGGAGAUGGACCAGAGGCCACAGUGCCCCUUGACAUAAAUGUUCCAGUCCAGCUUAAAGAACUACCUCAGAAUAUAACAGUUAAUACUUCAACUCCCAUAUUCUUGACGUGUGAUGCUUCGGGUUUUCCUGCACCCUAUGUAAGAUGGACAAAAUCUAGGAAGACUUUGUCUUACAAGAAAAAACUUCACAUUUCCAGCAGCAAAAAGAGUGACGCAGGAGAAUAUAUGUGUACUGUAGGAAAUGGAGUGGGGCAAGAAAAGUCAGCAAGAGCUUAUGUUACCGUACAAUACCCACCAAAAAUUCAGAUUGCCAUAGCUUCAUCUCUUACGUCCUGGGUUGGUCAAACAGUGACCUUAAAAUGUCAAUCAGAUGGUGUUCCUACACCGACACUCAGCUGGUACCAACCUGACGGAGAUGAAAUAAAGAGAGCGACGAAUAAAGAAAUUAAAGCUAAGGUGGCAUUGAAGGACAGUGGUGAUUUCGGUGAUUACAAGUGUGUUGCUGAAAACGGUCUUACUCCCCCUGAUGUGAAGAUAGUGAAGAUAAAUCAGAUAAAGAAACCCAGCCAGGCAUCCAUCAUAUCAACAGAAGCAGACGUUCACGCCAGUUCUUUAACAGUAAGGUGGACUGCACCAGCUGAUGAUGGAGGAAGUCCUAUCACAGCCUACCGAGUGAUCAUACUAAAGGGUGACACCAAGAAAGGCAGUGUUAAUAUUACUGGUCUUCCUAAAACAUAUCACACUUUUACGGGUCUGGAAAGAGACACAAACUACACGGUGAAAGUGUUUGCCAGAAAUUCUGUAUUUGAAGGAGAUGCUGCUGUAAAGACAUUGAAGACAAACGGACAUUUUGAGCCUCACUGUCUCUAAGCGAUGCGAAUUUUUCCGCAAUGUUUUCAACAGCUAUAAUCCGAGAAAAUUUCGACG